GGUCGACGAGACAGUCACAUGGGCCAAAGCCAACAAGCUAUGGCAGACGCCAGAGCCCACAGUCAAACCCAGGGCCAUCUCUUUAGAGAGUUGAGCCAGUUUCUAAAACAAAAACCCAGUCCCCAAAGCCAGAAAACGGUGCCCCUUGUGUGAGCUGGAGCGAGGUGAGGCCAGGGCGCUGGGGGAGCGCCUGUGCCCUGGUGCCCCACGCUCAGCAUUUAAGAAUUGUCACCGAGGUUGCAGUUGGUGUGAAGAGAGGAUCUGACGAACUACUCUCAGGCAGUGUUCUCAGUAGUCCAAACUCUAAUAUGAGCAGCAUGGUGGUUACAGCCAAUGGUAAUGAUAGUAAAAAAUUUAAAGGAGAAGAUAAAAUGGAUGGUGCUCCUUCUCGUGUACUUCAUAUUCGAAAAUUACCUGGUGAAGUGACAGAAACAGAAGUUAUUGCUUUAGGCUUACCAUUUGGCAAAGUCACCAACAUCCUUAUGCUGAAAGGGAAAAAUCAGGCAUUUUUGGAACUGGCAACAGAAGAAGCAGCAAUUACCAUGGUUAAUUACUAUUCUGCUGUGACACCUCAUCUUCGUAACCAGCCAAUUUUUAUCCAAUACUCCAAUCACAAGGAAUUAAAGACAGAUAAUACUUUAAAUCAACGUGCUCAAGCAGUUCUUCAAGCUGUGACUGCUGUUCAGACAGCAAAUACUCCACUUAGUGGUGCCACAGUCAGUGAGAGUGCAGUGACUCCAGCCCAGAGUCCAGUGCUCAGAAUAAUUAUUGACAAUAUGUAUUACCCUGUAACACUUGAUGUUCUUCACCAAAUAUUUUCUAAGUUUGGUGCUGUAUUGAAGAUAAUCACAUUUACAAAGAAUAACCAGUUUCAAGCUUUGCUGCAGUAUGGUGAUCCAGUCAAUGCUCAACAAGCAAAGCUGGCCCUAGAUGGUCAGAAUAUUUAUAAUGCUUGCUGUACCCUGAGGAUUGAUUUUUCCAAGCUUGUGAAUUUGAAUGUAAAAUACAACAAUGAUAAAAGUAGGGAUUAUACCCGACCUGAUCUUCCCUCUGGGGAUGGACAACCAGCACUAGACCCAGCGAUUGCUGCAGCGUUUGCCAAGGAAACCUCCCUUUUAGGGCUUCCUGUUGCAGCUGUUCCAGGAGCUCUGAGUCCUUUGGCUAUUCCAAAUGCUGCUGCAGCAGCUGCUGCAGCUGCUGCUGGCCGAGUGGGCAUGCCUGGAGUCUCAGCUGGUGGCAACACAGUCCUGUUGGUUAGCAAUUUAAAUGAAGAGAUGGUUACGCCCCAAAGUCUGUUUACCCUCUUCGGUGUUUAUGGAGAUGUGCAGCGUGUGAAGAUUUUGUACAAUAAGAAAGACAGCGCUCUAAUACAGAUGGCUGAUGGAAACCAGUCACAACUGGCCAUGAAUCAUCUUAAUGGACAGAAAAUGUAUGGAAAAAUUAUUCGUGUUACCCUGUCUAAACAUCAGACUGUGCAACUACCUCGAGAGGGACUUGAUGAUCAAGGGCUAACAAAGGAUUUUGGUAAUUCCCCAUUGCAUCGUUUUAAGAAACCUGGAUCCAAAAAUUUCCAGAAUAUUUUUCCUCCUUCUGCAACCCUUCACCUUUCUAAUAUCCCUCCUUCAGUAGCAGAAGAGGACCUCCGGACACUGUUUGCUAACACUGGGGGCACUGUGAAAGCGUUUAAAUUUUUUCAAAGAGAUCACAAAAUGGCUCUUCUUCAGAUGGCAACAGUAGAAGAAGCUAUCCAGGCCUUGAUUGAUCUUCAUAAUUACAACCUUGGUGAAAACCAUCAUCUGAGAGUGUCUUUCUCCAAAUCAACAAUUUAAGAGGGGAGAUUAAUAGGGGGUGAAUCACAUUGUUUGGUGUUAUCACCUAUUGACUGUUUAGAGAAGUGGGGACCAGAGUUUGAUUUUUUGUUGAAUUUUUUUUUCUUUUUUUUUCAUGCUGUUAUCAUUCCUUGGUUAUAAAAUGAAAUGGCAAAUGUAAAGGCAGAGUUUUUAACUGCUGUAUUUCAUCUGUUUGUAGGAAAGCCAUUUUUAUUGUCUGUUUAAAAUUUUAGUUUAAUUUUGCUUUUGUUUUUUUAACUUAGUUGACAUACGUGCCUUAAAAAGGAAUACUAGUGUUGCUAUCGUGCAUUUACUAGCAAAAAGGAAUUGGUUGUCUAGGGCACAUUGUUAUAUGGAAAUUAAAAUAUGUUUAGGCAGGGGUGUGUAAAAAGGUUAAGUUUUUGUUUCUCCUGCUUGGAACUUAUUUUGAAUUAUUAUUGGCUUGUCACAUUUAUUUUUAAUUAAAUAAGGUACAUAAGAGAAAUAAUAAAGCAGCAUUUUUAGUUCUUACUACCUUACGCUUUAUUGCUUUUACAAAAACAUUGGCCUUUUGUAUCUCACAAUUCUGGUCUAGAUUCAGUUAUGAAUGUAGGCAUUAGUUAAAAUUAACAAGAUGCAGAGUAUUAAUUUCAUAAGAGAACAGAGUGAUUUCUGUAAGUUUGAGCCCUAUGUGGAAAGCAUUGUGAAAUCUUAACCUUUUUGUACACACUCUUGUGGGACGUAUCAUAUAAAUGUCAGCACUAAGUAAUGUCUUGUUUGUGGCUGAAUAUUUUUCGUAGAUGUUUUUGAAGUUGACAUGACUUACGUGCAUUUAAAUAUAUAUUGCCAUCCUUAGUUUGUAAGUAAGAUUUGGAAUAUGGUUGUGGAUUUCUGAGCAUGUGCAGACUGGUCUAGCUAGUUCAGGAACUGGUGCAUGUAUUUUUCAAAGAUAAAGAAAGUGUACUGCGAAAAUUUGCAGGAAGAUUAAUUUUGUGGCAGUUUUUUAAAAACUGACAACCAGGUGGGACCAAAGUUUAUGUGCCUUUAGUCUUAAUUUACCUUGCAUUGUAAUAUUCAGUUUUAAUAAAUCUUCAAAAUAUUUUGUAUUUAGGGAUAGAUCUGACUUUAAUAAAAACAUGGCUCAGAAUCUACAGGUCAAAUUUAUUUGAACAGUUCUUGUCAAUCUGAAUUGUUGAUUCUGUUAAAUGACCAAUACUUUUUGAAAUUGAUGUACUUAGUUUCAAGAUUCAUAGAUUCUGUUAUCUAUGUAGACAGAAUGGUCAUGUAUAUUUUCUAUUAGUUGAGUUUUUACAUCUUUAGAAAUGUAAAAUUCAGUAUAGUUUGAAAGCGGCACAAUUAAAAUUAAUUUUCUAACAAA